AUGUCGACGACAACGCCAACUCGCCCCGUCGCAGGGGACAUCCACAUUCCCAUCGCUGCCGCUGAGAAAGAGCUUGGGCUCAUUCACGACACAGCCCUCUCAUCCAGCGACUCAGACGCAGAGCUCGUAAAGGACUGGGAUGAGAAGGAAGAAGCAUCCGUGCGACGCAAAAUCGACCUCAUUCUCCUUCCCAUCCUCGGCCUCGCCUUCUUCGCACUGCAAGUCGACCGCGGUAACAUCAGCGCUGCGCUGACGUCCACCAUCACCGAGGACCUGCGCAUCACCACCAACCAGAUCAACAUCGGCUCCCAGCUUCUCUCCGCAGGCAUCGUCAUCACCGAGAUACCGUCGAAUAUUCUGCUGCAGCGCAUCGGGCCACAGGUAUGGCUCUCCGGGCAGUUGUUUGCGUGGGGUCUCGUGGCGACGUUCCAGGCGUUUGUCAAGACUUACCCUGCGUACUUGGCUACGCGGUUGUUGUUAGGGUUAUUGGAGGGAGGGUUCAUACCAGGAGCGCUGUAUUAUCUCUCGACGUGGUAUAAAAAGGACGAGACGAGUUUCCGGACGACGCUGUUUUUCUUCGGGCAGAUGUUUGCGGGCGCGACGGCGAGUUUGAUCUCCGCUGGGUUGUUGCAAUUGGAUGGGAGAGGGGGGUUGGAGGGCUGGAGGUGGAUUUUCUUGGUGGAAGGGAUUAUCACGCUGCUUGCUGGGGUUAUCUUCACACUGCUCGUGCCUUCCAAGGCAGGUGACGGAAAGCCGUUUCUCAGUGGAGGCCGCUGGAGCUACUUCACGCCUCGCGAGUCCCACAUCAUUGUGAACCGGGUCUUGUUGGAUGAUCCGCGAAAGGCGAACGGGCAUGUCAAGAUCACCGGCUCCGAUAUCUGGAAGACGGUCCGCCAGCCGCGCAUUCUGCAGCACUUCUUCAUCACGCUUGUCGCCAUGUCCGGCUUCUCGGGCUUGACGCAGUACACGCCCAGCUUGAUCAAGUCGUUUGGUUUCGGGGCAGUCCGGGCCAAUGCGCUGGCGUCCGUGCCCAUCUACGCCAGUAUGCUGUGGACGUUGAUCCUCUCGUACUUUGCUGAUCGCACCGGCCACCGCGGCCCCUUCGUUCUUCUCUCCAUCACCUGGAACGUGAUCUCCUACACCUGUCUCCGCGUCACGCCAUUCACGUCAGACCGGUGGCACAGAUACACCGUCCUGACGAUCGCUAACGUCGCAUACUGCAGCAUGCACGUCCUCAACAUCGGCUGGCUGUCGGUGUACUGCACAACGCCGCAAGAGCGGAGCAUCUCCAUGGCGUUAAUCGUGAUGGCUGCCAACUGUGCGGGGAUUUCCGGCUCGCAGAUCUUCCGGACAUCAGAUGCACCACGGUAUCGCAAUGCCUUGACGGCGAUUUGUGCUUUGGCUGCGGCCUCCUGGGUGCAGACGGUGGUUCUGGGGUUGCAGUAUAUGUUCCGGAGGAAGAAGGCGAGGAAGUCGGAGUGUUGA